AUGAUGGAGACUCUCAGAGGCAAAGCCGCGGGGCCUCGAGCGCUGAGAUCGGAGACGCAGACGAUCACAGCAGGAAGCAAGAGAAAGCGUCAGCAGGACGCUGAGGCCAGAGGAUUAACCUAUAAGCCCCGCACAUCUGGCUACACACCUCGGAGUAAGGCCGCGAUUCCUCUUAGCGUUUCCCCGAACCGCUCUACGUCGCCUACGCCAACUUCUCCCGUUUCCUCUACCCAGCUUGCAUCUGUGGCCACUCAAAGUGCGCGCAUCGAGCAGUGGCAGUCAGACUUUCUGCCAGGACUUGAUCACGGACCCGACCUCGAUCUACCCUCGUCCUACGUUCAAUCCCUCAGGGUGGUGGGCACUGCGAUCAAAAUUUGGGAGAUAUCGUACCCAUCGAUUUCGGGGCUCUUUUGCAACGCCGACUGGGACAGCAAAGCCUACGCAGAGGCCUGCUUGAUCAAGGAACAUCUGCAGCUGUCUGUCGGCCUCUUCAUCGAAUAUGAAGCGGUGCGAACUCACGAACGCACUGUAAAAUCUUCCGCAGAAGCUGCUGGUCCUAUCUUGUCCUCACUGGAGAACGCGUGGGCGCUAUGUCCCAUACAGCACCUGCAACCGCUUCUCAUGUAUACAGCUCGCUGUAGAGAGCGCGUCGCAUGUCUUCACAUGCUUGCCAGCAAUCUGGAUCUAACGCGCCGCCUCUUCUUGGGAACCGGGAGGCCAGAGCAUAUCAAGUCAUGGCUGUGCGGUGCGGUCGAGUCAGUACUUCGCCAAGGAUAUAAACUCCAGUCUCCACCACCCAUGUCAUUCCUUCUGGAUAGCGAACAACUCGCACGCCUAGCCCCUCGGAAAUGGAUUAGCGAUGAAAUCAUCAACUUCAUGGGCUCCAUCUGGAAUGAAGAGCACGACACCAACGACACACUCAUCCUUCCUACCACAUUCGCGUCUCUUCACCUGGACAUCGGCAAGACGUACACAUUGCGCGAUCCGGCGAAAGCAAUCCGACACGGCCGACUCAAGGAUGCUUCGGAGACGCGCGACCACCUAUGGUUACGAAUGCUCAUUCCAUUCGGAUUAAAGCAGCACUUUAUGAUCCUUCUCAUAUCCACUGCAGAGUGCUCAAUCGUCCUAUACGAUAGCCUCACCGACCAUAACGCCCUUCGCAAAGGAGACCUAGCGAAGCUUAAACAGCCUAUCAUAGACUUUGUCACCCAUCUAUGUGUAUCGAAGAAGUGGAAGGUUCCUGACGAGGAGUGGGAUAUAAGAUACGGCACAGACGUGCCGCAGCAGCCUAAUGCUUUUGAUUGUGGAGUUUUUACCCUCCUUUUCAUGCGACAUUUGACGCUGUCAAGUAACCUCAAUUCGGAGACGGUGCCGUUGCAACUCCAUUUUCCUCGUGCUGAGCUUCAGGGCGACGCUAACGGGCCGCGUCUGGCCAUUUUGGAGGAAAUAUUGGAAAAAAGUAGCCAUGUGAAAGUAACAUGA